AUGGUUUCUCAAGUUUGCGAUUUAUCGUCGUUUCACUCGCGUUACACGCAUCUACACGGCUGGAUCUCCAUGUUUGUUUGUAUUUUCGGCUCGAUCGCGAACGUUUUGAACAUUCUCGUGUUAACUCGACGAGAAAUGCGAUCACCGACCAAUAUCAUUUUAACGGGAUUGGCCGUGGCAGAUUUACUUGUAAUGAUCGAUUACAUUCCCUACGCGUUUCACCUCUACCUAUAUCGACGAUCUAGAAGAGACACCUUUACUUACGGAUGGACGAUUUUUGUGCUCUUCCAUUCGAAUUUCGCUCAGGUCUGUCAUACCAUUUCAAUUUGUUUAACUUUAAUAUUGGCCGUGUGGAGGUACAUAGCGGUAGCAAGGCCGCAACAAAACAGAGAGUGGUGCAGUUAUAGAAGAACUAUUUUUGCGAUUUUCAUUGCGUACGUUUUCUGUCCUAUACUGUGCAUACCUUUGUACAUUACAACGGAAGUGAAACAGCAAGUAGAAGUUCUAGAUUCGAAUGGAAUGAGUGUGGAUAUUCGGAACGAAAGCUUGGCUGAUUCAACGGUGAGAAACACAACAAAUACGACACUGUAUUUUGUUCGAUUGACAGAAACAGCGGAGAAUCACGAUAUUCUGAAGGAACUAAAUUUCUGGAUCUAUAGUGUUGUAAUCAAACUUUUUCCUUGCGUUAUUCUAACGAUCGUCAGUUUGAAACUCCUGCAAGUUCUACUGGAGGCAAAACAACGAAGACGGAAGUUAACGACUGCUCACGAAGAAAAUUUCGAAAGGAGAAAAGGCUGUCGAAGAGUGGAUAAAGAGCGGCAAACAGAUAGAACAACGAUGAUGUUGCUUGCAGUUUUACUGCUUUUCCUAUUAACGGAAUUACCACAGGGAAUUCUAGGACUUUUUAGCGUCCUCCUGGGUCCAGGAUUUUUUCACACUUGUUACUUGAUGUUAGGUGAUAUUAUUGAUAUGUUAACUCUUGUGAAUUCGGCGAUAAAUUUCAUUCUUUACUGCACAAUGAGUAGACAGUUUAGAAAAACGUUUAAUGAACUUUUCUGCAAAAGCUGGAAAAUCCCCAGGAAUACAAAAAAACAAAUUUUUAUAGAGAAUAAUGGAAAUAUGGACACAAAUCAUACAGUGACACAAGUAACACAAGUAUAG